GUCGAAUACUUUGUGAGUGUUCUCACACUCAUCAAGACAUUUGCUCACAAAAAUGGCGCAGGGAAAGGAUCAGUCCUUUGCCAGCCGUUUAAUCCAUAAAUAUCUUAAGAGUGGUCAAGAGCACAAAGGACAGGAGAGUGAGAUGCCUCAUACCUCUGAGUUUGCCGUCAUGUGGGAUAAGCUGAUGAAAGAGUUCUUAGCUAAAGCCAAAGAAGAUUUUUUAAGAAAAUGGGAGUGUCCACCACAAUGUACGACCACCCUGGAUGAAUUUGAAAGGUACAAGACUCUGGGUACUGGUUCGUUUGGACGCGUAAUGCUUGUGAAGCAUAAAGGAAGAAAUCUGUUUUAUGCCAUGAAGAUCUUGGACAAACAAAAAGUGGUGAAGUUGAAGCAGAUUGAACACACACUAAAUGAAAAGAAAAUAUUACAGGCUGUCUCCUUCCCCUUCCUUGUCAAACUGGAAUAUGCUUUCAAGGACAACUCAAACCUCUACAUGGUGAUGGAAUAUGUUCCAGGUGGAGAAAUGUUUUCACACCUCAGACGCACAGGAAGGUUCAGUGAACACCAUGCAAGAUUUUAUGCAGCUCAGAUAGUGCUCACCUUUGAGUACCUUCACUCUUUAGACCUCAUCUACAGAGACCUGAAGCCUGAAAAUCUGCUCAUAGAUCAACAUGGAUAUAUCCAGGUCACAGAUUUUGGCUUUGCUAAACGAGUAAAAGGCAGGACCUGGACGUUGUGUGGAACUCCUGAGUACCUGGCUCCAGAGAUCAUCCUCAGCAAGGGCUACAACAAAGCUGUGGACUGGUGGGCACUUGGAGUUCUUAUCUAUGAGAUGGCUGCUGGGUACCCUCCAUUUUUUGCUGAUCAGCCUAUCCAGAUCUAUGAAAAAAUUGUGUCUGGCAAGGUACGAUUCCCCUCCCAUUUUAGCUCCGACCUGAAAGACCUGCUGAGGAACCUUCUGCAAGUGGACUUGACAAAGAGAUUUGGCAACUUGAAGAACGGAGUGAAUGACAUCAAAAACCACAAGUGGUUUUCCACAACAGACUGGAUUGCCAUCUAUGAGCGAAAGGUUGAAGCCCCCUUCCUGCCAAAGUGCAGAGGACCAGGAGACACGAGCAACUUUGAUGACUAUGAAGAGGAGGACAUUCAUGUCUCACAAACAGAAAAGUGUGCAAAAGAGUUUGCUGACUUUUAGUGAACAGGGCAAGAGCUCCAUCAGGGCUCUGCUGUUUUGGGAUAUUUGCACUCAGCUAAGGGUUAAGGUGGAACUUACAUGCUCCAAAUCGUUGCCUCGUUUCUUCAUUCCACACAGCUGAAUGAGGUUGUUUUUGCCAUGCUCCCUCCUCCAGGUGCUGUUACCACUGAUCGACCCGCAGACAAAUUAUGCAGACAUCCCUUGGGCUGCAACGCAAAGUACUAGGCCACUUCCCCAUUGUUUUUCUGUUGCCUUUAAUGUUUGCAGCUUUUCAGUAUCCUCACGUUAUUUAUUUCUUAAAAAGCAAGAUGCAACACAAAAGUUACUUCCAUUUACAGGUGGCACAGUGUAAUAGUAUUAGCUCAUUUUGUGCAUCUGGUGUGAAUGAAGGGAUUUAUUUGAUUUAAUUUGUUUACUUUAAUCUGUUUGUUACAUUCUCCCAUGUCUUUCAGGGAUUGGUUGAGUAUUUAUCAAUCAACACUGCUAUCAUUAUUCAUCAUUCUGGUGUCCUUAAAACAUGCAAUCAUGUGUGUUCAUAUAAGUCUAAGUAGUGCAUUUUUAAAUUUCUUUUUUAAUCAUGACAAAAAUUUUAACUAAACUAUUUUUUCAGUGACAGAAGAGGAACU